AAAUUGAUACAUACAUAGAAAGCUAAGCUAAUGGCGGCCAGUCAUCAGAUGACGUUGGAUUUAUACGACGCAGCAGUGAACGGUAACCAUGAAAAGUAUUAUGAUGUUCUCCGGCCGGCUAAAGCGGCAGACAAUGGAGUUGGCUGCAUUGAAGUUACGGCAUGUGGCAAUACUGUGCUGCACGUUGCAGUGCUCCACGGCCACAAACAAUUUGUGGAAAAAAUCCUAGAAAAAGAUGAGGAUCAUGUGGCCUCGUCUAUGUUACUUACUAGUACCAACAAAGGUGAAAGUGCGCUUCACUGUGCAGCGGAGAAAGGCCAUGCCGACAUAGUCUCUAUCCUUCUCAGUGCCGCAGAGAAGUAGAACACGGCUGCGUUGGAGUGAGGGAGAUGAUAGGGAUGAGGGAUAACGUGAAUUGCACAAAGCCGUGCGGAUGGGGCAUUUGGAGGUGGCCAAGUUACUGAUUCAACAGGAUCCUGAAUUUGAGUACCUUGCCAAUGAUGCUGGAGAGACACCCAUUUACAUAGCAGCAGAGUUGCAAUUUUAUGAGUGCUUGGUGGAAAUGCUUAACACAUGUACAAAGCCUACCUAUGAUGGACCAUUGGGUAGAAAUGCUCUCCAUGGAGCAGUAUUAUCAGGUUUUGGCUACACUAAAUGUUGUAGUCACGGAGAGUGUUUUGGCUACACUAAAUGCUGUAGUCACAGAGAGUUUUUUGGCUACACUAAAUGUUGUAGUCACGAAGAGUUUGCCACAGAAUGCACGAAAUUACUGUUGGAAAAUAACAUCGGUUUGUGCGAGGAAACUGAUGAGUCUGGUUGGACACCACUACACUAUGCCGCAAAAAUUAACAAUGAUAUUGCUAUUAUUGAUUUAGUGUUAGGCGUCAGCAUUGCCCUCCCCACUAUCAAACUUUACCUAAAAGUCAACAAGUCUGUAAAUAAGCAACAGUGAGGUGUGGUGGUCAGAGUGAAAGAGGUCAAGAGCUUUGGAGGUUUCAUCCAGAUCUUGCUGUUUUUUAUAUUUAAUUAUUAUGAUGAUUGUCUUUUUGGUUUUUCCAUGUCCAUUAUGUCUUUCCUUGUACUGUGUAAGUUCUCUGUUGAAUUUACAUUAGUUUAUUUAGGGGAAAUAAUUUUUUCCCUAAAUUAUAUGCUUGAUUUUUUUUUCCAUAUUGGGAUAGGACGAUGUGCUUCUCUUUCCCCUUGUACUCUUUUUUUUUCACAUCGAGGACGAUGUAAUUUUUAAGUGUGGAGAUGAUAAAAAUUGGGUAAUUUUUGAAAAUUUUUGAAACUUUA